AUGGGGUCCGCUGGUUCCGAUACUUCACCUCAAGCUAAACGCAGGAAGAUGGACCUUCCGAUUCCGCAGCUGAGUACGAGUGAUGACCUUGUGAUAUGUGCAGCUUGUGGCGCGCAGUACGAGGUGACGGAGGACGAUCCGCGGCAGUUCGUGCCUUUCACGGGCCAGGUAUGGACAACUCUGGGAAAGAUGAAAGCAGCCAGGGAGGAAGAUGGGGCGGGGAACAAGUACAAGAACGUCUUCGAGCAGGUCAAGCUGGAUGAGAACUUCGGUAUCGGGCAGAGCGCUCGACUAAUCCAGACACCCCAUGGAAAUAUCUUGUGGGAUCUGGUUGCAUAUCUGGAUGAAGAGACGAUCGAGCGGAUUCAGGAGCUGGGAGGCAUCAAGAUGAUUGUCAUUUCUCAUCCGCACUUCUACACGACAUGGGCGGACUGGUCCUCCACCUUCAAGGUUCCAGUCUACACCACCGCUGCAGACUCAGUCUGGCUGAACCGACAAUCGCAUCCCACCGCCACACUCCGCAUGCUCUCUGAACCCGUCACUGAGCUGCAGCCGGGCGUUCAUUCCAUCAUCUGUGGCGGCCAUUUCCCCGGUUCGCAGGUAAUGCAUACUGCGCCGCCCAACACCGUGAUUCCCACCCUGUUCGCAGCCGAUGCGAUCUUUCCGGCUCCAUCAGCCCACAACCCCACUUCUGCCAAACCGGGCCAGAUCACAUACAUGUUCCUCUGGAGCAUCCCAAACAUGAUCCCCUUGAAGCCUGAUGAGAUUCUGAGGAUCUGGCGGGUGCUCAAAGUAUGGGACUUCAAAGCCACGUAUGGCGUGAUGGCCAAGUGGAGCAAUGUCUUCGAGAAAGACACUGAUCUCAAGCCCUUGAAAGAGAGGCUGUUGGAUAGCGCCAAGAUGGCGGUUCGGGCGAUGGGCUAUGCCGAGCACGAGAUAUUCCAGGAGACCGUCUGA